AUGACUGAUAAUACAGACGACUACUCUUACGAUUACGAAUACCUUUAUAAGAUCGUCCUUAUUGGGGAUUCUGGGGUUGGUAAAUCAAACUUGUUGUCCCGUUUCACUCGUGAUGAAUUUAAUUUAGAAUCACGUUCAACCAUUGGAGUUGAGUUCGCUACUAGAACUUUAGAAAUUGAUGGUAAGCGUGUUAAGGCACAAAUUUGGGAUACCGCGGGUCAGGAACGUUAUAGAGCCAUCACCUCCGCGUAUUAUCGUGGAGCGGUCGGUGCAUUGAUUGUUUACGACAUCCUGAAGACAGAAUCUUACGAGAGUGUUUCACGUUGGUUGAAGGAGUUGAGAGAACACGCAGAUGCUAAUAUUAUAAUUGAAUUGGUGGGGAAUAAAUCCGAUUUGGACCAUUUAAGAGCCAUCCCAACUGAUGAAGCUAAAAACUUUGCCAAUGAAAACAGUUUAUUAUUCACUGAAGCUUCCGCCUUGAGUAGCGAUAACGUUGAUUUAUCUUUCCAUCAACUAUUAAGAAAUAUUUAUGAGAUGAUCAGUAAACAUCAAUUAGAAACCACUGAAGGUGGUAACAACAAGGUUACCAAUGGUCCAACUAUUAGUUUGAUUCCUGCGCCAACAGAAAAGAAGAGCAAGAAUAACUCCAAUUGUUGUUAG